UGGAACAUAGCUCCUUUAUAGUAGUUAAAAAAUAUGGCAACUUAUAUUGUAAACACGCUUUAAAUGUUUUAUAUUUAAUUCUAGAAUGUUUAAGUAAAUAUUUAAAUAAUUGAGUUAAAAAAAUGAAGAUCAUCAAAUCAUUUAUGUCAUAUUAUAUGAUUAAUACGUUUUUUAAAAAUAUCAUUUGUCGAUAUGCUUCAUGUGGCAUAAGCCAAUUUUCGAAUAAAGACAUUACGGAUGAAUUAAAAAAAAGUAUAGAAAAAUAUUGGAAGGAUAAAGUUAAUUUACAUCAGUACGAUGAUACAGAUAAUAUAAGGAAAAGAUUUUAUGUAUUGUCAAUGUUCCCAUAUCCCUCUGGAACGCUUCAUAUGGGUCAUGUAAGAGUUUAUACAAUAAGUGACACAGUUGCUCGUUUUUAUAGAAUGAAAGGAUAUAAUGUUCUUCAUCCAAUUGGUUGGGAUGCAUUUGGAUUACCUGCUGAAAAUGCUGCAUUUGAGAAAGGACUUGAUCCAGUUGUGUGGACAUAUGAUAACAUUAAAACAAUGAGAAAUCAAUUAAAUUUGUUGAAUUAUUCUUUUGAUUGGAGUAGAGAAUUUGCUACAUGUGAUCCUGAAUAUUAUAAGUGGACGCAAGAAUUAUUUUUAAAACUUUUUGAUAGAGAUUUAGUUUAUAGGAAAGAAUCAUUUGUUAACUGGGAUCCUAUUGAUGAAACUGUAUUAGCAGAGGAACAAAUUGAUACAAAUAAUUGCUCUUGGAGAUCAGGUGCUAAAGUAGAGAAAAGGUUAUUAAAUCAGUGGUUUAUUAGAACUAUACCAUUUGCUAAAUCAUUAUCUGAAGGUUUAAAUGAUCCAACAUUGAAAGAAUGGAGGGAUGUUAAAACAAUUCAACAAAAUUGGAUAGGUGAUUGUAAUGGCACUAGUUUUGAAUUACAGUUGAUAGGAAAUAUUCCAAAUUAUCCCAAAACAAUAAAUAUUUGGACUAAUCGUCCAGAAUUCAUCGAAUAUGCGAAGUUUAUUGCAGUAUCUCCAAAGAGCUUAUUAAAUAGAUCAGAAUAUUGUAAAAAUGUGGUAGAAGGAAUUCAAAUUAUAGAUGCAAAAGUAGUAAAUCCGUUCAAUGGAAAUGAAUUACCAAUAUUUGUAACAGAUAAAAUUACAUUUCCAAAUUUUAGAGAUACUUAUCUUGGUAUACCUUCUGUCUCAAUGGAUGACUAUCAAUUUUCUGAACUAAUUGGACUUGAAUUUACACGACAUUCAAUAAGAAGUUACGAGGAACAACAAAAGAAAAGAUUAGAAAUAUUAUCCAAAGCUAAGAAGUGGAAAAUUGGUGGAUAUCCUGUUGGUUCAAGAUUACAAGAUUGGUUAAUAUCUAGACAGAGAUAUUGGGGUACACCAAUUCCAAUUAUUUACUGCUCAAAUUGUGGCAUCCAACCAGUACCACAUGAUAAACUUCCUGUAGUAUUGCCAAAUGUAACAUUUUCAUCUUCAAGUAAAAAAUCUAUAUUACGCGAAAUGAAGGAUUGGUUAAAUACUUCUUGCCCGAAAUGUGGAGGCGAAGCAGUUAGAGAAUCAGAUACAAUGGAUACAUUUGUGGAUAGUUCGUGGUAUUAUUUGAGAUAUAUUGAUCCACAAAAUAUAAAAGAAAUGUUUGCUACUAAUAAAGUAAAAGAAAUAUUUCCUGUCGAUCUGUAUAUAGGUGGAAAAGAACAUGCUGUAUUACAUCUAUAUUAUGCUAGAUUUAUAAGUUAUUUUCUACAUUCAGAACGACUUUUACCCACUAUGGAACCAUUUAAACAAUUGCUUGUGCAGGGAAUGGUACUUGGUAAAACAUAUCAAGUAAAGAAAACACAAAAAUAUUUGAAAGCAGAUGAAGUAGAAGAAAAUGCAGGACAAUAUGUAGUAAAGAGUACCAAAGAACCAGUCAUUGUUUCAUGGGACAAAAUGUCUAAAUCAAAAUAUAAUGGCACUGAUCCUCUUGUAUUUGUGGAGAAAUAUGGAAUUGAUACAACUAGACUAUUUAUAUUAGCUGAUCAGGCACCAACUUCGGAUAAACGUUGUAAUCAUGACACUAUACCGGGAAUAUUAAAUUGGCAAAGUCGCUUAUGGAAAACAGUGAAAACUUUCACGGACUAUCGCAAUAAUGUAACCUUAGAAGAGCUCCAAGCACAACCUACUGAUCCUAAAUUUGCACAAGAUGAUGAAUACAUGUUUGAUAGCCGAAAUUACUUUUUAAAGUCUGUAACUUUUAAUAUAAUUGGAUCUCAACAAUUGAGUAUUGCAAUAUCAAGAUUGCAAGGACUUACAAAUAGCAUACGCAAAGUUUCUACAGAAUGCAUGAAAAAAAGUCGUGAGUAUGAACGUGCAUUAGCAACCCAAAUUAUAAUGCUUGCACCAUUUGCACCACAUUUUGCCUCGGAAUUGUGGUCCGCAUUUUCUACGGCCAAACAUCACCUAAUAGAUAAGAAUGAAAUAGAAUUAGAUAAGGAUGUUAUGGAACAAAAAUGGCCAGAGAUAGAUAUAAAUUAUAAAAUGGCAGUGGAAGUCAGAAUAAAUGGUGCACUCUGCACAAAGAUUAAAAUACCCAAGUAUGAAACAGAUAAAUUAUCACUUGAGACAGCUCUUAACUUAAUAGAAAAUGAACCAACUGUCCAAAAACGUUUGAAGAAGCAUAAGAUCGAUGAAUUUAAACUUCUUUCAAGGGAAGGCUGUGAUCCAAAAAUAUUCAUUUCAACAAAAAAAAAUAUAGCCACUGUACCAGUGUGAUCUCAGUUACAUCUUGUCCACCGAAGUCAUAAUAUUUAAAAUUUUUAUCGAAUACUUGACCUAAGAUCAUUACCGUAUCUACAUGAGCUUCUUCCAUGAGCUGAAAUUAAUGUAAUAUAAUAAAUGUACAAAUAUGUACAAAUAUGUAUAAAAACGUACAAAUGUAAUUUUUCUAAAAAUGAGCAAUAUUAUUGAAAAAUAUAUUAUAUUAUAUC